GUUUACCUUGUUACUUUGAGGUCGAACCCGGUGAAUCCCAUUGUGGUGGCCAUAAACUCUACCUCAACCUCAACCCCAGUGGAUCCAUCCCUUGACAUCGUGGUUAUCUUACAUGGCUUUACUGGCUCCGUUUCUAGCAAAUCGGUCACCCUCAUACGAGAUGCAUUGCUAUUUGUCCGAAACGUAACUGUCGUCGCUGUUCAAUGGGAACAGUUGGCAAGGGGUCCAUGGUAUGAUGAGGCAGCAGGAAACAUUGAUAUUGUUGCUGAGCAUUUGUUCCAAUUCCUGCUAAGUGUUGAAGAAAGUGGACUAUACUUAGAUCGUGCUCACAUCAUUGGAUUUAGUUUGGGUGCCCAUGCUGCUGGCUUGGCAGGAGCAAUGCUGGAGGGUCGUGUUGGAAGAAUAUCAGGAUUGGAUCCAGCUCGGCCAGGUUUUGAUACACGAAACAGUACAGGGCGUUUAGAUGCCAGUGAUGCCCGAUUUGUUGUUGGUGUGCACACUGGUGCGGGAUUUGUGGCAAUGUCUGAAGCAGUGGGACAUGUAGACUUUUAUCCUAAUGGUGGCAGUAAGCAGCCCCAUUGUCAGACAGAGGAUAUCCCACUUGUCUGUAAUCACUUCAUGGCAUAUACAUAUUAUGCAGAAUCCAUCUACAAUGCAGCUGCAUUCCCAGCCAGGCUUUGUUCAUCCUGGGCUGACUUUGAAGCUGGCUCAUGUGAUGCAAAUGAUGUGGUUCCCAUGGGAUAUUACACACCCAACAAAACUGCCAGGGGUCUCUACUUUCUUAAAACCAAUGCUCAAGAGCCCUAUGGUUUGGGAGAAGCUCAUCAUGGGGUUGAUUUUGACCAUAGUCUAUCCAAUGAUUUAUCAACAACGCCUCAGAAUAACAUUACUGAACAAGAAAAAGGUCCAAAUAUCCUCCUUUCUGGAGAUGGCAAUGAUAAAGACAUUUAUUCUACCAGUGAUCAUUUAAGUAAUCCAGGAGAUGUUGAAGUUCAGUCUUUGAAUGAUCUAGACUCCAACAAUCAUCUAUCUAGUAAUUCUCAUAAACUCAAUGUUACUCAUUUCAGUAUCCUCAUUGCAUUAUCCUCAAUUUUCCUCCUAACUUAAUAUUUUUCAGAUGUGAUUUAGCUUAUUAAAAGUGCAACUGAGGCCUGCUUAUUUUUAAAAUGAUAGAUUCUCCUUUUCCCCUCCGCUGUGCAACCAUUUAGUUGUUGAUUUUGUGGCCUGUAAUUCUUAUUUUAGGGAUUCUGUUUUUUAGUCAGUGCUGCUGUGUUGCUUUGUGUCCCAGCUUGUUAAUGGAUUAAAUUAUUUUUGAAGCUGUGUUCUUUCGUCUUUUUUCUGUUCUUUUCUUUUAGUUUGGGCGGUAUUCUAUUUUUUAGAAGCACUGAGUGAAACAGUCUAGUUUUUUAAACACUUUGUUUCCACUGUGCUUCAGAUCUGCUAUCAAUUCUAAAUUUUGUUGGGGGGACGCACAAAGCAGUCAUAGAAUGUUUCUCAAGCAUUCCUCAAAUCGGUUGAUAUUUAAUUUUUCAAAAGAAUUGAAUUGUUUAUAAUGUGUGUAAUUGUGAAUGUAUGAUGCUUUAUAUUAGUAAGUGGACUAGUUUUAGUUUUGUGGUCAUUAAAGAAAAGAGUUUUGAAUGUUAUGAUACUGGAGAUGUGGUUUUUACAAGGCUUUGCUCGGAGAGAACCAAAGACUGCAGCACCCUUUCAGUGCCAGUGUCAUGCCGAGCAAUGCUGUUUCCUUUACAAAUUGGUAGGCUGUAAAGAAAUCUCGCAUUUAAGCAUUUAAACAACUAUAUGCCAAUUUGAGUUAGCUACCACCUCAAGUGAUAGCCACAUGGAAAACUGGAUUUUUGUUUCAUGGCUGUGGGUACCAGCUUUUAAGGUUCUCUUUGUUGGAACUGAAUUGUUACCACUGAAGUGUAGCAGCUGCAGUAUGAAACAGUGAAUCCCAGAAAUCCAGCAAUAAAACAAAACAAACUAUUUUGGUGGCAUAGGGCUGCCAUUAAAAAUGAGAUUAAAUGUAGAAGAGGUAUCUGUGUAGUCACUUCAAUUCCUCUAUGGUGCUGCCUCAAUCUGUGGACUCAAAAAUGUGUCAGAGUCACUAAAAUCUUGUUGUCGCCUUCAGAAUUGAUUAUUUUUGUAGUUCGACUUAAUUUAAUGUAAGGUAUUUAUAGUGGCAGCCCCCACCUUCAUCUAAACAAGCAGGAAUAUUUGUCCUGCAGUGUAAGUGUGAUUAGGAGCUGGACUCUAGUAAAUGCGCUGAUGUUACUGCACAUGGACUGAUUAUUGUCAUUAUGAGAGGUGUGGUCAGGCAAUAUACAACUUUAUAUUUAUUUUCCCAAAACUUUUCCUGAAGGGGGUUUUCUUUCUUUUGCUGUGACAUGGCUGCAUAGUUACUGUUAUAAGUGCAGCAAUGUAAGUUCCAUUUUAUCUUAGCACAGGUCUGAAGCUUUUGGGAGUGUAAGCAUGUGUGGACAAUUGAAGCUCCUCCUUAUCAUCAAGCAUUUUGUAUCACACCUCUAGAAUUCUAGCACCUGCUUUUUGACAGAAAUCAUGCUUUUUUUUUCUAUUGGUGAUGUUUGGGAGGCGUGGAGACUUUGUCCCUAUUAUAUCUAUUAAUCAGUGAUGUUGUGUAGGCGGCUAGAUAUAAAUAAAUGUUUCUGCGAUGUA